UUAACCUACAAUUUAUUUGGUAAACUAAACAAGCCGGAAUGUAGGUUUUGUUUUUUAGGUUCAAAAACCCGUUUUGACAGUGGCAUCCGAAAAGGUUAACUGGCGCACACGCGAUAUUCGUUGCAAAUCUGGAUGAUAAGGCGGAAAUCAUGAUUGCUGCCUCAGAUCCACAGGAAUUUAUUCCCCGUGGACGGCAGCAAGUGCAACGUCACCCCGGCCCGCUGGGGACGGCGUUCGGCGGCAAAAACUUGGACGAAUUAUUGCCCAAUGAACUGAAGAAAGUAUCCAUUAGCGAAGGAACCAAAAACGAAAGCUGGAUUUUACGUCGCGUCCUCGACGACGGCCUUAUAAACUCACAGAGCCUCGACGAAGUGCCGAAUAAUAAAAGUUGCAUGCAACAUGAAGUUAAUAAGACAGGGGCUACUCAAUACAGUGAGUUUUUCGAGGACUCUGCCAGUUUUAAGUUUGUUGAAGGCAGUGGUCAACCGAAGAUGGGUAAAAGAUUGUCAGACGCCAGCCCCAAGUUUCCAAACAAAAGAUUUUCUGGAGCAAGUGAUCUCAAAGCAACUUCUUCGAAGGCUAGUGUUGAUACUAAUAGAUCUCAUUGUAAUUUAAAUUUAGAAUCUAGUAAAUUUGAAACAAAAUUAAAGCCGGGCUACAUGGAAGAUGAACUUUACAUAAAUGGUUAUACCGCGGUAUGGUCUCGUGGUUUACUUGACGGCAGCAGUUUAUCUGAUAAUGGCAGAAGAGUUAUAGCCUGCUAUACCGUGCCGUUGCCGAUUCGGCAAGCGCUGUGGUGCACUUUUUACUGCGAGAGACCUGUGUUUGAUUUAAAUCUGCUCGAUUUACACGCGAACAUUGAUACACCUUCUGGUAACCCGGUUCCGGCUAUAUGCAUUGUCGAUUCUCAUAAUGUGAGAGUUUUCAUGGUGAAAGGCGAACAGUAUGUAAUCCCAGUGCCUUUUAAAAUAGAGAAAGUUUGGAACACCAAAUUUGGACUGUUUAUCGAGAAAAGUUCCGACACUCAUUUCGAAGAGAACUAUCAUAUCCAAUCGCCCGCCACUCUAUAUUCGCAAGCUUAUCCUCUGGACGACGUUUGUCCCGUCAUUAUAAGGCAAAAUUUAACCUCGAAACCGUUUAACAAUCCCUAUUUGAGGGUCGUUUAUACCCACGAGAAUCCGAGCAUCUGCAUAAUGUUCGACGCUAAUACUAAAGAGCACAGCGUGUACCGCAUCAGAAAGGUUAAGGCCGACGAACGAGAAUGCGGAGAAAACACCAGCCACUCUGUAGCUUUCAACACUCAUAAGCUGAAAAGUCGUCUCUCUAUGUGGGACAAUUUGGCCACUCCAAGUCCUAUCAGCGCUGGCUCCAGACCCCACAACAGCGCCGAGAAAAUUUGCUUCGCGCAAAAAUCGCGCUCAUACUCGGCCGCGGGACUUAGAUCUUCUUUUAGCCGCUGGCAUUCGUCGGCAAUAUCCGGAAGCCCGUGGGAGAUCCACUUGCCAAAAAAGGAGACGCUGGGAAGGAAUUUUUUGCCCGAGAACGAAUGUUCGUCGAAAUCAUUCUUUCAUUGCUCCAAAGCCAUGUCCCAUUUGCAUUCCAGCCCUAAUAUUUGUCUUGAGCACGUGUGGACGGACACCUUUUCAGCUCAAGACACUUUGACGGGCGGGCCGGCUUCGAAGGUGUUCUUAACGAAAGAUAUCGUGGGGCAGUCUUAUCUGUGCUACGUGUUGCCGUCUAGGUUUAAAUUAUCCAUAGUUAAAAUCGACUAUACGGGUCCUAAUAUCAAUUUCGGGGUGUCGACUAGCAUAAGCGCCAAAGACGCCGCGUCGAUAUCUCAUCUCAGAAUGAUGGCCAUUUUGGAGCACAGCGGUAACAUCACGUUGUAUUCGGGACUCACUCCCGUGGGUAAGCUUCACAUCGGCGGCACUCUAACGCAACACACCCCAUCGCCAUACAUGCGAAUGAUUCAUUCGCCAUUUCCGAGAAGGAGCAGUCUGCUGCCUCAGUACGCGCAGUCCGAACCACAGUUCGACGAGCAUUUAUUGUCACCCGUGCUUCCCACGCCUAAUCAGCAAAGAAUCGCCAGGCAUUACGCGUUUCAAGACAGGUUUGAUAAGAAAUCCGUGUUGGUCGGGAUAACGGACGCCAUAGAAAACCGCCUGACCUUGAAGUACUCGGACGGGAAGUUUUACCGGAUCACUUUACCCCUGUUGGCAUCGUCUGGUUUGGUAGAAAAGUGUCUGAACGCUCUGAAUCAGUGCUUGCCGAGAGACUCCGCCCUGUCGGUGUCUUGCCGGUGGUACGCUUCGAGGAACGUCAUCGGAUCGGACGAUAUCAGCACCCGUCAGGAGUGGGAUUCGUUCGUCAAUUUACUGUUUGAGUUUUUAGGUUACGAGGACGAGCAAGCUUCGGAGAGGCCCGAGACGCCGGGAGGAGCGGUCAAAAGGCAAAAGACAUCUCCGGCGGCUACGGACGAAGAUUGGACUCACAUUUUGCGAUCGAAUCACAGUAAAAUAGCCGACGAUCUGUCGCAGCAACUCAACAUCGCCCUCGCCAACUCGAACGAUAUUGUUCCCGACACGUCCGUCAUUAAUAUUAACCCGAAAUCCAUGUUGUUCCCACAUAUUCGUAUCAUUCACUUCGUGUUCCAUUUGCUCUACGAAGAUUUUAAACUCGAUAUAUCCCAGUCGGACAAUUUGAAGCCGCUGGCCAUAUUGCUUUCCAAGUUGUCCAACGAUUUAGGCCUUCAUCACUACUCGAUUCACUAUUGGAAAGAUUUUCCGAAAGAUUUAUCGGUCGGCGGCUCGACAAUAGACGAGGAUCUCUUCAAGUCGAUUAAUAAUUGGCAGAAACUGAGCGAGAGGCCGGUAGACGUCAUGCAACAUAUCCACUAUUUGGUUCGGAUACGUCACGUGCCUCCUUAUCCUUGCUUUAAAGAGGUCAACAAUCGAUCCAAAGAUAUCGUUCAGUUGUGCGGGAUACUGUCCGAGAUCAACCGGAACAGACCGUCCAACGUAGGCCUCGGCAGUUUCAUCAAAGAGGUAAACGAGUCUGUGAGUCACGCGAGCUCGCAACACAAAAGCGUUCACGCCGAAGCUACCACCGUCGAGCAGGUCGUUUUGAUGAUGGUCGAAAUGAAACUGGACACCAAAUACAUCGAGACUCUACCGGCGGGCGUCGCAUUUUUAAUUUACAACGCCCUGUGGAAAUGCAGGGAGCGGCCUCCGUCCGAUUGGCCGGUCGAAGCUUAUCGACUGGUCGGACGAGACGAUUUGGUAGCGCACGCGCAGAAAGUCGAGAUGGAAAAGGACAAAUUGUUCCAAGAGAAGAUGAACAUAUGCUUCCAAUUACAAGAGACGAUGCCCAAUACGAAACAGGAGAUCGCGGAUAUCGACGGGAUGGAAGAUAUCGACUCUAGUCUGACGCGGAUGCGAUUCAGCGACGACGUGAGAGUAAUGGAGGCACGGAAAAUGCUAGCCAGUUCCAAACCGGUGACUAUCAACCUGACGCAAAGACCCGACGUGUCGGAUCACGAUUUUAUCGAGGAACAGGAGAAACACCUUUACGGUAUUUGCAUCAGGACGAUGGCAUUGCCGGUGGGCAGGGGCAUGAUCACGCUGAGGACGGCCACGCCCGUCAUAACCGAGCCUCUGUCCGCACCGGUCUUGUGUCUAACUGGCAAAGCGCCCCCUAUGGGCGUUACCGUAGAGCUCAACCAUAUAGAUACGCCUGCCGACAUGAACCUGUGGCCGUUAUUCCAUAACGGGGUGGCGAACGGUUUGAGAAUUACGCCGGACGCCCAAAACAUCGACAGCACCUGGAUCGUUUUUAAUAAACCCAAAGGUGGUGCGGAACCUCUCAUGGAACACGCGGGGUUCUUGAUGGCUCUAGGCCUCAACGGGCACCUGAAAAACUUGGAAGUACUCAGCACUUUCGACUACUUCGGAAAACUAACGGAAAUGACUAGGCUGGGGAUUCUGUUGGGACUAACCGCUGCUUUUAGAGGCAGCUGCAGCCAAUUUCUGACCAAGAUACUCUCCAUACACGUGGAAGGUCUGCAGCCGCCCACUUCUAUGGAGGUGGACGUGUCGCAAAACUUACAGGUUACGGGCCUGCUGGGAAUAGGGUUGCUUUAUCAGGGUAGCGCCCAUCGGCACAUAACCGAGGUACUUUUAUCCGAAAUCGGAAGACCGCCGGGUCCGGAAAUGGAGAACAGCGUCGACAGAGAGUCUUAUUCGUUAGCGGCAGGGCUGGCGCUCGGGUUGGUAAUGUUAAAGUACGGCGACCAGCCGGCAGGCAUGUCCGACUUAAACGUUCCGGAUACGUUGCAUUAUUUCAUGGUUGGUGGCGUAAAACGACCUUUGACGGGCUCUCAAAAAGAUAAGUAUAAGACGCCGUCUUUCCAAAUCCGAGAGGGUUCUUCCGUCAAUUUGGACGUCACCGCCCCCGGGGCCACUCUGGCGCUCGGCAUGAUGUACAUGGGCACGUGCAACAAGGCGGUGGCCGAUUGGCUGGCCCCGCCCGACACCCAGUACCUAUUGGACUUUAUUAGACCGGAUUUUCUCAUGCUUAGGGUGUUGUCCAGGUGUUUGAUCAUGUGGAAUGACGUCGAGGCCUCGAAGGAGUGGGUGGAGAGCCAAGUACCGUCGACAAUACUGCCUCACUGCAUGGUCACGCCCUCUGAAACGUCGAACGUAGACUACGAGGCUAUGAAUCAGGCCUACUGUAAUAUAGUGGCGGGGGCGUGUUUCGCCUUGGGGUUGAAAUACGCGGGUUCGGCAGAUCCUGACGCGUUCAAAACCCUACUAUUCUUCAGCCACAUGUUCACGUCGCUGACCGGCAAGUCGAUAGCGGAACUUGCAGGCAAAGCCACCAUAGAGACUUGCCUAAACGUUCUGCUGUUGUCCGCGUCCCUCGUAAUGGCCGGCACUGGCAAUUUGGAAGUGAUGCGUCUUGUGAGACACCUGCGCAGGCGCGUGGGCGUCGCCAACAGCGCCAUAGUCACCUACGGUUCGCACCUGGCCAUCCACAUGGCUUUGGGGAUGCUAUUCCUCGGCGGGGGGCGGUACACUCUCUCCAAUUCGCCUCAGAGUGUCGCCGUGUUGAUAUGCGCCCUCUAUCCGAAGUUUCCCACCCACAGCAACGACAACCGGUACCACCUGCAGGCUUUCCGUCACCUUUACGUGUUGGCGGUCGAGCCGAGGCUGGUGAUACCGAGAGACGUCGAUUCGGGCGACAUCUGUUACGUAAAUUUGCGGGUGAUAAAGUGCGACGGUAGUGAGGCGACGGUAAAGGCACCCGGACUCAUACCCGACGUCGACACCCUCGUCAAGGUGAUGGUCGACGACGAGCGUUACUGGCGGGUGGUGUUCGAGAGGGGAAGGAACUGGGAUCUCUUGGUUAAAAUCUUGUCGACGACGGAUUAUAUCGAGGUGAAGCAGAGGGCGGGCUGUUUGAGCUACGUGGCGGAUAAACUGGGCUACCACAGCGAACUCGCGCGUACCCUUACACAUUCGGCGUUGGUGCCCUGGGACCCGUCUGCCUCGUCGAUCGUGUCGUUUUCGUCGGACUAUGUGGUGAAAAACUUUUGUGACGCCAUAUUGGCGUCGGACCCGAAGAGGUGCGGCAAAUCGGAAGAACGACUAGCCCAGACGCUCACCAGGGUGACCUACGAGGCCGUCGUCAAAGACAAACUGAUGAUCGUUCCCAUUUUUGGCAAUCUGGUUAAGACAGUAAAAGAUUUCGAACGGGACCCGAAUCCCAUGGGGUUGCGGCAACUGAAGAUCAUCUUGGACGAGGUUCUACGGAAGGGGAACCGGUCGAGUUUGUUGUCGAAGGAAACGGUGCUGUCGCUGAAGCAACAGGUGGUGAGGGUGUUGGACGGCUGGGAGGACUCGUUGAAGGACAAGCUGACGGGGUUCGUUAGCAGAGGAAAUUUCGCUAGCGAUAAUCCUUCGGCGUUGGCCGCUUACGUCGUAUUUUACGAUAUACCAUACGACAUGCGGGUGGAUCGGGAAGACCAGUUGGACGUUUUGCUGCGCCUGAGGGAGGAUUACGUUUUGGGUGAAACGAUAGCCAAAAUUUUGAAGGUUUUUCGAGCCGGAAGCGCGACAAAACCCUAGUUCCCGUGAAGAUAGUCUUAGGUUUAAUGUAUCCUAGGCAGUUUUGUAAAUA